AUCAAUCGCUUUACAGAAACGAACGAGAAAAUAUAUUUUUCAAGACGCUUACAAUUUGUGUGAAUUAUUAACGCUUAGAAAUAUAUACAAAUAUUUUAUAUAAAUCUACACGAAAAGAAAAAAAUUAACCGAUUGCCAAUAUGAUGAGUGAUGAAAAUCAAAUCGAAAAGGCAGCCCAGCCGGCGUCGGGUAUCGAUUCUGGACCCGAGCCGCGUUUGGAGUCCGAACAGGAGCGCGCAAAUGAUACACACUCCGAAUGUGACUUUGCACGCCUACCAGAGCCACCAAAGCCCGACGAACCGGAACCAGUACGUUUAGCACUCCUGCCACCGGACCACCCACUCUUGCAGAAAUUUCAAGCAAAUUUAAAGGACUAUCUUUUGCGUACGAAGGAACAACUCAAGAAUGAAAUCGCCGAGAUCAAAUACCAAUUAAAGCUGAAGGAAGCGGCACGCGAAGAGCAAGGCGCCAAGCUAUAUGAUCUGCAACAGGGUAUUAAUCGGCAAAAUGAACAGUUGGAAGAUUAUGUGCAGCAGAUACAAACGAACAUGCAGAAACGUGUGGAAAUGGAGAGUGAAGUGACGCAACUCAAAGCGGAGUACGAAAAGCGUUUGCAAACGAAAAAGGAGCAAAAGCAAAAAUACAACAAACGUAUGGUCGAAUUGGAGAAUAUGAACACGUUGGAGGGGCACAUACGCAACUGGGCCGAUGAGGUGAAAGACGAAGUGAAGAAUGCCAAACGUAUUGUGCAUCGUGAUACACAGUUGCAAAAGCAACUGUCCGAGGACAAGAAGAAAUCCGAUAUGCUCUUCUAUCAUCUAGAUGUCGAGGUGAAACGCAAGGAGCAUGAAGUCGAGGUAGUGCGCAGCGAGUUGCAAGAUAUGCGCGACAUAACCGAUGUGCUAAAGACAAGCAUUAAUGAUGCCAAUACUGACUUGGAGGUGCUGCAAACUGAGCACAAGCGCUUAACCCAAGCCUGGAGUGAGGUGAUUGUAGCCAUACAGCAUCGUGACAAAAUACUCUAUCAAGCGCAACAAUCUAUGGGCAAAGAGAAAGAAUCUAUUACACUAAACACAAUGAGUAUUGAGUCAAUUAAAAAGCAGAUAACGAAGGAGACAAAACAAAACGAAAAAUUGGAAUCUUUCAAAACGCGACUCCUGGCCGAUUGUGGAAAUCUUAAACGUGAAUGUCAAAAACAAGCGGAGACAUUGCUCGGACUGCAAGUGAAACUCGACGAAUUGCCGCUUUGGUUGAAACAAAAUGAGAAGGAUUUAAUCGAAGCAAAUCGUGAGGGUACCAAUUUGGAAACCGAAUUACGUAGAAUGCAAUGGAAGAGCGAUAAACUAUAUGCCAAGAAAUAUCAAAUGGAAGAGAACAUGCUAAAGGUGGCGCAAGAUCAAUUGAUCGCCGACAAAGCUAGUCAGUAUCRCUUGAAACUUUUGCGCGAAGCACAGGAAACACGCAGGGGUACCGAACUAAACUUGGCUAUAGUUCAAAGUCAACUCUCAGACACUUUGUUGGAUACGGAGCGUUACCGGGGCAUAUUAGUGAAAUUGAAUCAAGAUAACGAGGAGUUAGAAAAGAAAUUACAUAGUGUGGAUCAUAACGCCGAAUUGAUUCUAGCCGAGAUGCAUGCGUUAGAAACACAAAUCGAUAUCAAAAUGAAAAAGAUUGAUCGCUUAUCAAGUCGCCUGGAAGAAAUCAACCGCAUGGGCGAGGAAGCGGCCAACAGUGUGCAGACAAAGAAGAUCAAGAUAUUGGAGCGUGGCAUAUUAGCUACCGAACAGCAGAUACGAGAACUCCAGCAAUUUUGGGUGAUGAUGCAGAAUCACUAUGUUAAUCUAUCGGAAAAGCGCAAUAAUCAACUUACUGAAAUACAGGUCACCCAAAAACAACUCAGUAUAAUUAAGCAAAAAUCGCUGAAAAUCGAUGUAGAUCUUGAAAAGCAGGAAGAGGCCACAAAAGAACUCGAACACGACAUACAAAUCUAUUUGACCAAAGUAGAACUCUUAAAUAAGAAAAUGUGUAAUGCGCGCCAACAGCACGACAACGAGGAGAAUGAAUGCCAGAUGGAGCACAAUGAGCUAGUACUUAAGUUGAAGGAUCAUGAAAUGAAUGUCUUAAAUAUGGAGGCCGAAAUUGAUGAGCUGCAAGAUGAAAUCGAUCAUUACAAAGACUUGGUGCUGGACAAACAUCGCGAAUCAUUGUCGUGGGAGACUAAAUAUAAGCUAAUCGAAGAGACGCUACGUUGGCGCAAAGACGAAACGAGUCUCACCAGUGAAAUCGGCAAUAUGAAAUCCGAGAUACAUCGCAUGAAGAUACGCUUCCAGCAUUUGGCGCGCGCACAAGAGAAGCUCGCACAAGAUUUGCAACACGGUGUGGCACAUCGUGAACAUAUCUAUAUAGCCGCAUCGGCAAAAAAGCUCGCUGAGGUAAAAGCGCAGCGCAUCAAGACUGGCAUUUCGUCACAACAAAAAGUUAUCGACUUACGUAAUCGCUUGAAGAAAAUUCAAAAUGAGAUUAGUGUUAUUAGCGAUGAACAACUCGUGAAGGUCACACGUGAUAACGAACGUAUACGUGCCGAUCUAACGCGUUUGUAUGAAGACAUUGAACGUGAGAAGGCGCUUGACGAGGAACUACGUCAGAAGAUUGACGAUAUCCUUUUGUUGAAACAUUACAAUUUAGAACGCAUCGUACGCAAACAGAAUCGCGCGAAAUCGUAUCGGCGCUUAGGCUUGGGCACAUCUUCACCGAAGAUACGCUCUGAAACCGCAUUAAAUCAACUAGUACAAAAGCAAAUGGAAAUAAAUGAUAAUCUACUCGAGGUGGUACAAAUUUUGAACACAGAGUUUCCGGAGAAGAAAAAAUUCUUCGCCAAAGUCACACAAGUUCUUCGGGAUUAAGUGCGUUACGUCAAGUUAGUUAGGUUUUAAUAUAUUUUUUUUGCAUUUUUAUAGAAUAUGAAUUUAUGGCACAUUUGUAUUUAAUAUGAUUUGGA